CCGCCAGACUGCGGACGCAACGCACACUGCACCAACGCGCCUGGGAGUUACUCCUGCACCUGCAUCGAUGGCUACGAGCUCAGCUCUGGGAAAGUGAAGUUCACGCACGCGAGUGAGAACAGCUGCCAGGACAUCGACGAGUGCAACAAGACCCCAGAUAUCUGCAGCCCCAACGUCACCUGUAUCAACACCAUCGGGAGCUACCGGUGUGAGUGCCGGGCCAGCUACGUCCCCUCCAACAGGAACACGACCCUGUGCCAAGUGCCCAGCAUUAACUGCAGCGCUGAGUUCAAGGGAAUCAAAGAGACGUGCAGGAAUUUCUCUCUGCAGGGAAAGCGGAGCAGCAGAAGCAGCAGUUUUUGCUCUUUCUUUAAUUCAACCGUAGAGAUUUUGAUGUCCACGUGCGGAGAUGGGAGUGCGGCGUUAUCACUGGAGAACGUGACUCUCCGUUUCAGUGUCCUCCUGAACAGCACCUCCCUCUGGGACAGUGGAGACAAGUGGGAGGUGGUGUCGGCCGUUACGGUCCUGCUGCAGAGCGUGGAAUGGGCCGCGCUGGCCACUGCGCUCCGGUCUCCGGAGAGGACAACACAGAACGUGACGACAGAGUCUCUGGCUAUCCAGACGCAGCUCGUCACAGGGAACUGCAGCCAGCACAGCGAGGUCUUCACACUGAGCGCUCACGAGGAGAUGAUGGACGUGCACUGUGCUACAGUCACCGGGGCAGCCACACAAGGUUUGGGGGCUGCUGCUUUUAUUUCCUACUCCACCGUGGACUCCAUCAUCAGUGCGAGACGUCUCAGCGAUGGAAACCUACCGGCUGGGAAGCUGGAGAAGAGUCACCUCAACUCCAGGGUGGUGAGUGGGGCCGUCGGAGACGGGAGACCCAUUAACCUCUCCAGCCCCGCAAACUUCACCCUGCGCCACAGACAGGCCAAAAAAGAGGAGGAAGAGGCUCUCUGCGUCUACUGGAAAGUGGUGGCCGAGAGCGGCAGCUGGUCUCCGGACGGCUGCACCGCCGUGCACACGAACAGCACUCACACCACCUGCAGCUGUGACCAUCUCUCCAGCUUCGCCGUCCUAAUGGCUCCCACCGCAGUGACGGAGAGCUACCCACGGACCAUCAUCACCUACGUGGGACUGACCCUCUCUCUGCUGUGCCUCUUCCUGGCCAUCCUCACCUUCCUCCUGUGCCGCUCCAUCCGCAACGUCAGCACCUCCCUCCACCUGCAGCUCUGCCUCUGCCUCUUCCUGGCCGACCUGCUCUUCCUCACCACGGUGACCCGCCCCGGCAGUCAGGUGGUGUGUGCUGUCAUUGCUGGCCUCCUGCACUACCUCUUCCUGGCCUGCUUCAGCUGGAUGUUCCUGGAGGGGCUGCACCUCUUCCUCACCAUCAGGAACCUGAAGGUCGUGAAUUACACCAGCGCCAGCCGGUUCAAGAAGAGAUUCAUGUACCCGUUCGGCUACGGAUUCCCAGCCCUGGUGGUGGCUAUUUCUGCAGCGGUGAAUCCUGAUGGCUACGGAACUUCCGAACACUGCUGGCUCAGCCUGGACAGAGGCUUUCGUUGGAGCUUCCUGGGUCCAGUCUGUGCCAUAAUCCUGAUAAAUAUAACGUUCUUUGCCCUGACCCUGUGGAUCCUGAGAAACAGACUCUCCUCCCUCAAUGCAGAUGUGUCCACCCUCAGAGACCACAGGUUACUGACCUUUAAAGCCAUUGCCCAGCUCUUCAUUCUGGGCUGCACAUGGAGCCUGGGUCUCCUCCAAGUCGGCCCAGCAGCCACGGUCAUGGCGUAUUUAUUCACCAUCGUCAACAGCCUGCAGGGAGCCUUCAUCUUCCUGGUGCACUGUCUCCUCAAUCGCCAGGUGAGAGAGGAAUACAGGAGAUGGAUCAAGGGAUUCCGAAUGUUCAGCACGAAAUCUCAGACAUACGAUCUAUCCAUGUCUGCUGUCCCCACCACCAGCACCAAGACGGACUAACCCUUCUGCCAGGCGGAGUCGGCAACAACCAGGGCCAGGGUCAAUACCUAGGAGUUCCAGUACAAAACCAAAC